CUUUCUACCGUCGUCUGGGAGCGGUUCGGUUGACUGUUUGGGGAGUGGACGAUCGGUGUUAGCCUGUUGUCACGGUAUACGUGAAGAAAUGUGUUGUUGUUUGUGAAUAUGUUGUUGUUUGUGAAGAUAGCCGCAACACUCUCCAAAGUGUUGUUCGACUUUCCUAUACUUUACCUCGAGAGCUGCCCCACAGGUCGUCACCGAAACGAAGAUGCACAUCCGAAAACGGUGCAGUCCACUUAAAGUCUACGUCCACCCUCCUAAGGAGCGUCGGUAGCGGCGCGCAUGGCCCUGCUUGCUGACCUGCUGCAGUCCCUCUUGCUGGAACCAUUGUGGACGAUAUCCCUGGCUGUGUGGCUGACUGCCCUGGUUGUCCACAAACUUGGUCCUCGCUUGGAGCCGCGUGGAUCUCGCCCCAAGGUGGUGGCUCGGGAGUCUGACUUCUCCAGACACCUGACUACUACAGUACCUGCGUUUUCACAGGAAUACGUGCCUCCGCCUUGGGCCCGUCAUCCCGUGAUCCAGUCCCUUCUGGCAGCUACCAUCCUCAGGCGAGCAGACGUUACCUUCUUCCGCACUCACCUUCAACUGCGAGACCGAGGCCUGGUCGCCCUGGAUUGGGCGGCGGGGCCCUGCGAAGCUGCGCCAGACGACCUCAUUCUCCUCGUCCUUCCGGAUCUCGGACGAGAUUCUUGCAGCGUCGCUGACACCUGUCGAGCGGCCUUGUCCCGAGGGCUGCGUCCGGUCGUUCUCGCCCUGCGCGGACACGGAGGCUGUCCGCUAACUACUCCACGACUUCAGCCGUACGGCGAUCCCAGUGACCUUCGGCAAGUUGUCCGUUACCUUCGUGUCCAGUACGGAGCGAUAUCAGCCGUUGGUUUUGGUGCAGGGGCUGACUUGCUUCUGUCUUACCUCGGGGACACCGGUUCGUCCUCGGGCCUCGUUGCAGCUGUGGCGGUGUCGCCUCUGUAUGAGCCGGAUAAGCUUCUCAACGAUUCUCCUUGGCCAUUCGGAACGCUUCGAUUGAAAUCCAUGAAAAAAAUAGUCGCAGAGCACGGCGGCGUGCUGUCUCGUGCAGCGGAUGUGAAAGGUGCACUGGAAGCGUCCACUUGGAAAGACGUGGAAGAGAAAGUGUUCUGGUCGGCGUGCUCCGUGAUGUCCUCUCAGCAGUACUGGGAGCGUAACGCGCCGUUGCGGGACGCGGAUGACAUGGCAACUCCGUUGUUGUGCGUCUCCAGCGAGGACGACCCGAUGGUUCCCUCCUGGGCGGUGCCAAUGGACGUCUUCAGAGCGUAUCCGCAACUCGUUUUACUCCUCACGGAGCAUGGGGGUCACUGCGGGUUCCUCGCGGGUAUCGGUUCCUGCCCCAGAUCUUGGGCAGACGGUGUAGCCGUGGAUUUUAUUACAGCGACGGUGGAGUUCACGAGUCGAGACUCUGCAUUAAGAAAAUGUGCGACACGUUAACCUGAGCUACUUAAUUAAGAAAUGUUCUUUUAUUGUACGUGAUGUGUACUUAUUGGUGUGAAAGUAAUUGUACGUUCCUGUUCAUCUCAGCUUCCGUUUGUCCUCUUUUUUUCUUCUUUUUUUUGUGGGGAUGUGUCGAGUGUCACAAUUCAUUGUUUGUGUCAGUGAUGCCGUACCACCCAGUGGUAAGACAUAAUCAAAGGAGUCGUCAAAGGCUGCUAGUCCUAUUUUCUCUGUCGCGAACGAUGUCCCUGGAGUCAGAGUUGGAAAAAGAAACGUAUGGAGAACAAUGUCAUUACCUCGUGAAUUAAUGAAAAAGUGAAGAUAUAUUUAAACGAGACAGCGUACAAACGAUACCACUUGCUUUGCACACAAAAUAAGAACUCAAAGUCACCACAACAAGGAAAAGAAACGAAGUUGCAACAGUGUUGGAACUUUGUGUACAAGCUGUUACAUCUAACUGUAUCAGAAUCACCGAACAGUUCUAAAAUAUUCGAAAAUGUCCAGCAACAAGAAUUCUAGUGACAAACUCCCUGUAACAGAAAUGCUUGUUAGUAGACGGAGGUGCUCAAACGACAGUGGAGAAUAGUUCUGCCUGUUGAACAUUUACGGUUGUCAAACAACCUAUGCGCUACUAAAUCCCUAUGUGGCACCAGCCAGGCGUGUUUUCAUCAAUACGGAUUAUCGCCUACACUUCGUCUGCACCCGUGCUCGCGCACUGUAAAUACCCAUGCGAAACACUCAUUUGCUCAAUACGUAUUGUCAUGCUUCCAACGUAUUGUCCAGUUCCGUUUACACACCCACACACUGUACAUUCCACAGAUCAUAAAUUCCUGCAUAACCGUUUACUGAAGUCCCAGUUUUGAGCUCUUCCCGGCAGAAACGUGAAAUGUCAUGUUUAAACUGUAACGCGUGUCUGUUUCCACGGUAUCUGUUUAUACCAUCGUUAAAUUUCCGGGAGCCAAUAGGAAAAUAAAUAAUAUGUGCUCUUCUCACAUUUGAAACCAAAAUAA